CUCCAAGGUCGCAGCAUAGCCCACAAUGCAGCCCACAAGAGUGCUGUUAAAGCGCUCCGUUUGGAAGGGCCCGAACCUCGUCCCUCUCUCCAUCGUCUGGCCCAAAGGCCCCAACGACAAGGUCCCUCCCGUCCGAACACAAGCCCGCUCGGCGACUAUCCUGCCCAACUUUGUUGGCCUAAAGUUUGAGAUUCACAAUGGCAAGGACUAUUUGCAGGUGCAGAUAACGGAAGACAUGGUGGGGCACAAGCUGGGCGAAUUUGCGCCGACGCGGAAACCGAAUAUUUGGGACAGGAAAUAGAUGCGAUAGACGACAUGGAGAAGGAAGAAAACUGUAUAUUGUAACAUACUUGUAUCAACGCCGUAAUGCCACGACUUUUUGCAUGAUUCAA